AAAUAAAAAAAAACAUAUCUCUACUAUCUCUUUCGACAAUAUUUUCUUAAUACCAAUGAAAAAUGUCACAAAGAGGUAAACGAGGUAAUCACCAGCAUCAUCAAAGACUUGAUGUUGAACCACAACCACCACCUACGAAACGGCGUAAAGGUCGACCGCCUAAUGGCGGAGGUGGGACAGGUAGCAUUGGACCUAAUAAUAAUGCUGCCUUAAAUUUUGGAUCAAAUGCAUCUUCUAUAAGCAAUAGUAAUGUAAAUAAUGAGAAUAAUCCGAUAAAUGACGAUGCAACACCAUCAACAAGUACAAAGGUUAUUGCUAGCCAAGGAUCAUCCUCUUCGGUUGCGGCUUGGCAAGCACGUUCUGUUGCAGACAUUAAAAUAUCUAGUAUAUACAAUCGAAGUUCAACGGAAGCGCCUGCUGAAUUGUAUCGUAAGGAUCUCAUUAGUGCAAUGAAACUGCCCGAUUCUGAUCAUUUACAAAACAAUGAGUAUAUUAUUGUUACUGAUCAAUGGAAACAGGAAUGGGAGAAAGGUGUGCAGGUACCUGUGAAUCCCGAUUCGUUGCCGGAACCUUGCGUGGAUGUACUGUCUGAACCACUUGUGCCACCUGCGAACGACUUCAAACUACCGAAAAAUCGUUUCCUGCGCAUUACCAAAGAUGAUACAUACUCACCCGAUAAACAUUGUUUAACGAAUGUAGUAUCAAGAGCGGAAAAUACUUGUGCCUAUGAUAUUGAUCCAGUUGAUGAAGAGUGGUUGAAAAUUUUGAAUUCACAUCGUGCGGUCUAUGGUGCUUUUGCGAUUAAUGAAGCUCAAUUUGAGCGUGUUAUCGAAGAACUCGAAGUUCGAUGCUGGGAACAAAUACAAGUUAUUCUGAAAAGUGAAGAAGGCCUUGGCAUUGAAUAUGAUGAAAAUGUUAUAUGUGAUGUUUGUCGUUCUCCCGACUCUGAAGAAGCAAAUGAAAUGGUAUUCUGUGAUAAUUGCAAUAUAUGCGUACAUCAAGCUUGUUACGGCAUUACAGCUAUUCCAUCAGGUCAAUGGCUGUGUCGAACAUGCUCGAUGGGCAUUAAGCCGGAAUGUAUGCUUUGUCCGAACAAGGGUGGCGCAAUGAAGUCGACUAAGUCGGGCAAACAUUGGGCGCAUGUAUCCUGUGCAUUGUGGAUACCCGAAGUUAGUAUUGGAUGUGUGGAUCGCAUGGAACCAAUUACUAAAAUUUCAAGCAUUCCACAAAGUCGUUGGUCUCUAAUAUGUGUUUUAUGUCGGGAACGUGUAGGAGCAUGCAUACAAUGUUCCGUGAAAAUUUGUAAGACUGCUUACCACGUAACUUGCGCAUUUCAACAUGGUCUGGAAAUGCGUGCUAUUAUAGAGGAAGGUAAUGCUGAAGAUGGAGUUAAGUUACGAUCGUAUUGCCAAAAGCACAGUUUAAGUAAGGGCAAAAAAGAGGGAAAGAAUUCUAAAAAUAAAAAUAGUAAUUCGGCGUACGGCUCCGGUGGCGAGGAUGAAGAUGUUCGUAGGAGAAAAAAUCGAAAAAACGAUAUGACGUCAGAAGAACGUAAUCAAAUAAGAGCGCAACGUUUACAGGAGGUCGAAGCGGAAUUUGAUAAGCAUGUAAAUAUCAAUGACAUUAAUUGUCAUAUUUUUGAUGUCGACGAGGGUGCAAUUGAAUCCAUUUAUAAUUAUUGGAAGUUGAAAAGAAAGUCAAGACAGAACCGGGCUCUGAUUCCACCAAAAUCGGAGGAUGUUGAAAUGAUUGCACGUAAACAGGAGCAGCAGGAUUUGGAAAAUCAUAAAUUAUUUGUACAUUUACGGCAAGAUCUUGAACGAGUCAGAAACCUUUGUUAUAUGGUUAGCAGAAGAGAAAAGCUGUCACGCUCCCUUUUUAAAUUACGAGAGCAAGUAUUUUAUAAACAAGUGCAAGUUUUAAAUGAUGAGAGUUUACGUAAUGGAGAAUCUAAUUCGAAAACUGAAUUCGACGAAUCGUUCAAAAAUGCUGUUAUUUAUGCAAAUGACGGACCUACAUUAUAUGAUAGAUUUUAUUCUUCUUCGAAUAUCAAUACAAUUCCAUCAGAGUGUACGAAUUUGGACUUCAUCACUGAAAAACUACUAGGUAAUGGAAAAGGUAAAAGUUCAAAAAGCAUUGGAAGUAGAACAUUACCAUCAAUGUCAACAUCAACUUCAACAUCAAUAUCACCGACAAAACGGAAAACAGCUUUAUCAGGAGUUAAUAAAACGUUUCCAAAUAAAAAAGUUAAUAAUGGUGCAAUUGGAAUUCGUUCAUUGUCAAGUGCUGGAAAAACUGGUGCGACAGAAAAAUCGAAAACUUUAAAAAGUACAAAUGCUAGUCGUCGCAGUAGUUUAUCUGUUGGAAGUAGUAUUGAUAAGAACUCCAGAGCAGCAACUAUUAGUAAAAAUGCUACGAAAACUAGAGGUCGUGCUGUUAAAGGAGCUGUGAAGAACUCAAGUGAAAAUACUGAUAAAAAGUCGCAAAAAAGUUGUGUUGGAAGCAGUAAAUCUUCUUCAGGUAGUUCUUCUGAUGAUGAUUCAUCUACUGAAGAUGGCAGUUCAUCUGGUUCAGGUAGCACAGCUUCGGGUUCAGAGUCGGGAUCAAGUUCAUCUGCGUCAAGUUCGAGUGGUAGUAUACAAUCCGCAGGCAAGUCCGCAAAUAAAGCAACAAACCGUAAAAAACAAACUUACUCUCGUUCUGUUGAGAUGCGUCAAAAACAAAGAAGAAAAAGUAUUAGUAUUAGUGCUCAAGCUGGUGUUAAUUCUAAAACGCAAAAUACGGCGCUAUCAUUUUCAAGUGAUGAAGAUGAUAUACAUGACGCAGUUAAAAGUAAUAAAUCAGUACCUGUAAAACAAGUAAAGCAUUCCAAUUCGAACAAUUUAAAUCUCCUGUCAAACUCUACAGCUACGUUGUCAAAUCGUGGCAAAGAUUUUCUUUCUCAAAUCGAAAGAGAACUUCAAAAAGAUAAAGGAUCUGGGUGUUCAUCUAGUGAUGAGAGUGAAGUGUUAUUGCCUUUAAAAUCAACAGUAAAUAAAAGUAAUAGUGCGAAAAACUCGAGAAAUACAAACUCAAAUGUUUUGGGAGUCGCUAGUCGUAAGACUGUACAGGAAAUAUAUUCAGAUUCGGAAAGUUCUUCAAGUCCUGAAGAUAAAGAAGAAAGAACUGCCGAGAGUAAUGUAAGUGAUUCACAAAAUCAGCAAACUAUUCGCACAAAAGCAGCUUUGAAAGAAUUUACACUUCAACAGCAAUCCAGUAAGGCUAAAAGAGAUUUGGCACUGGCACUGGCACCACAACAAAAUGUCAUCAAGGCAGAGAAAAAAUCGAGCCGAUCAAUUGAAAGUAAUAUUUUAGAGAGUUCUGUUGAAUCCAGUAACAAGAAUAAAAAGCCAAACGAAACAGUAAAUAAAAAUCAAGUGCAAUCUAAUAAGAGCAAGAAUGAACAGCUCAAAUUUCCAGCAGAUUUGUUGGUUGUUCCUCAGAGACAAGCAGCCAAGAAAGCUUCUGAAAAUAUGCGCUCUACAAAUAUUUAUAGUGGACCUGUUAACUGCACACAACCAAUAUUACCUUCAGUGGUUGGAGCUGCAAGUGUUCCUUUACAGCGAGAAUGUGAUAAAUCAAAGGAAGGUGAAAAGGCAAAACCAAAGGAUUUAAUCUCAGGAAACAAAAAUGAUGAGAAGGCUGAAAAGUUGCGUGCCAAAGAGAAGUCUUUAAUUAGCAGUAGCAGUAAUGUAAGUGGCACGAAAGCUUCAGAAACAGUCGAAAAACCAUCUGGAAAACGAGGUCGUCCACCUAAAGUGACAAAGGAUGCUAAUAAAAGUAUAAAUAGAUCUUCUGCAAUUCUUCCUAAGGAUGUGGAAUUGAUGUCUGAUAUUGGUACUUCAAUGAUCAAUCCAAAAGAAGAUAAAAGUGCCACAAAUAAUGAAAAUAUCGAAAAUAGUGCCAAACGAACAACGUCUUCUGUCGCAAUAACGAAAGAGCCAAGCCCAAUACGAGUACUUUCAGAAUCAGAAAAGUCCGAAAAUAAAAGUGCUUCCAACGCAUCAAAAUCAAACGAUGUGUCAAAGAAUAAUGUGUUUGUAGCUUACGUACCUCAACGGCAAGCAGCUAAAAAAGCAGCCGAACAGCUUAAAAGUAGUGGAAAGAUUCCAUUGGCAUCUGACGUUGUUACUCCUACAGACGAAAAAGAGCGAAUUGUGACUGAAAAGGAUACCAAGAUAAAAACUCCAGAAAAUCGACCUAAGCAAAUGACAGGGCGCAGAAUGUCAGUUCGUGAUACAACACAAACAACACUAAUUUCAGGAAGUGGAGCAAAUGCAGCAAGUGCAGCAGUUAAAGAAAGUGUGCCGAAAACACCAACUAACACAAGGCGUCGCUCUAAAGAUGUAUCCGACAUAAAUCAACAACAAACACCGAAAAAGCAAGUGGAAAAGCGAUUAGCAACAACUACUUCAAGUUCAGAAUCUGAUAGUAGCUCCUCUUCGUCAUCUGGAAGUAGUAGUAGUAGUAGCUCUGAUUCCUCAGAUGAAGCAAGCGAAGUUGAAGAAGAGCGUGUAACUCGUUCAGGUGCUGUCAAUAAGAGAUCGCCCAGAAAAUCGAUUGAUAAACCUAUACCUGUUACUCGUCAAAAUUCGAUAACAAAAUCUCCAAAAGUUUCACCUCAAAAACAAUUACGACGAAAUAUCAGUAAUACCAGUAAUAGUAGCUCAGGUAACAAUGAAGAGAGUUUAUUACCGCCAAAAGCUGUACAGAAACCAGUUAGGAGAAAAUCGACAAUAUCUGAAGAUAAAACGAAGAAAACCGUCACAAAAACAGUAUUAGAAGACGAUAACAGUCCCGAGAUAACAACGAAUUCUGUGCGAACAAGAGCUAUGCGGCGAUCAAAAUCUGGUGCAAUAUCUCCGGUACCAGUUCUAAGUACAGAAGAAAAUGAGGUCGAACCAAAACUUGAUACUAAAGCAAUAUCACAAACAACAACAGCAACAACAACAACAACAACAAGAACAUCAGAUGGAGACCGUGAGAUUAUAAAUGAAGAUAUUAAUGAAAUUUCAGAGAAAAAUAGCAAUAACAAAGUCACAUCGCUGGCUACUCUUAACUUAGAAGAAGAAAUUGCACAACGUAAAGCUUCAAAUACGAAUAUUUCAACGUCAAAUAUAUCUAUUGGCGCUAGAAACCAAAAUAAAAACCUUGGGUCAUUGGAUAAAUUGCUUAACAAGAAAGAGUUGGAAAUUAUUCGCAGUAGUUCUUACUCUUUAAUAACACCACUUACAAGCGUGGAAAAGCAGGAGGAAAUUGACAAAAGCAAUAGUUUAUUAGCACAAAGAAUUAUAAUUGAUACCAAAAAUGAAGCUGGUGAGUUACCAAUGGAUAUAGACGAAGAACUAACGACUGCAUCUCGUCACACAACAUUGCCAUCUAGUAAACUUGCUGAACUGACAGAUAUUGAUGACAAACCUCCGGCAGCACCACUACCCGCCUCGCCAUUACCUUCUCCUGUUGCUUCUAAUGAUGAAUUAACAAACGGUUCAAACGGUUCAAACGGUUCUGAUGAUAAUAAUUCUGAUAAUGACAAUGAUACUAAUUCCCAUCGACGACGUACUCGUCGUCGACGCAUCAAACCUGGUAGCUUGCCAAUGUCGCCCGAAGAACAUACACAUCACACACAACAUUUGCUUAAUGAAAUGGAACUGGUUCAAGCUCUGAGAGAAGAAGAGGAACGUAAAAAUGAACUGGCUAAUGCAAGUAAAUAUUCUGCUUCGUCAUCUUCGCCGGCUGUUGCAGUAAUUCCACCAGAACCUCCAGAAAUUAUUGAAUUGGAUUCAAAUUCCAAUUCAGUAGAAAGUGAACGGCAAAAACAAGAGAAAUCACAGGAUACACUUAGUAUUGGAAAAGCAGCUGCAUCUGUUUCAACUACAACUCCCUCAACGAAUUCAUCUUCAAAUUCUUCAGAAUCUUCAAUUAAGAAGAAUACUCAAGAGAUUGCAAAUGAGCUUCUAAACGAAUCAAAAAUGCCACUUAAUGAAUCUCAGACAAGUUCUAGUUCUAGUUUAAAUAAAAGUGCUAUUUCAGAUAUAGAAAGUGGCCAUCAACCAAUCGUCGACACGAUACUAGAUAUGGUGGAAGAUAAUGAAAAACAAAAAGAGCAACAGAAAAAGCAACAAAUUAGUUUAUCAAACUCCCUACUAGGACCGGUCGCUUUUAAUGCUACUGUAAAUCCAGAUCUGGGACAAGCAACAGGUUUAAGCCUUUUGAAUACAACUGUUGAUUCAGUUAAACAAAUCUCUGAAGAAGAUAGCUUUGAAGCUACUAGAAAUCUGCUAGAAAAAUUAAGAAAAACAAAAAAGAAUCGGCAAGAAGACUCUAAAGAUCCAGAUUUGCUAAUGCCGCCUCCCACUCCCGCAAUACCAUCAGUAUUUCCAUUUCAUAAUGCUGCUGAUCCAGAAGAUAUUAUACAUGUGCAAAAAGAAAACGCUGCUGCAGCUGCUGCAGUUGCGGCUGCUGCAGUUGCUUCUGCUGAGCUCAGUAAUAGUCUGUUUAAUGUUGAAAAGAAUAUAUCUACGGUGGGUUUAAAUGAUGUUUCCAUACCAGUAUCAGCAACAAACUCUUAUAAUACGACACCUCGAUCGGUCGGAUCUACACCGGACGCAACACCAAAUGCAGCAAUAAUGAAUAGUAACAAUAGUAGCAAUUUGGGUCCAAAUGGUCUUCCGUUUGUUGAGAAUACUGUUAAUUUUGGCGAUAAGAACGUUCCAAUGCCUGUGUCAAUAUCGCCAAUGCAACAAAUUCAAAGCCAGCCGCACACUCCUAUUGUUAAUUAUCAUCAACAACAUCAAAUGGAAGUAACACCUAAUGUUGCUGAAAUUUCAUCCUAUCUUCAAAAGGAGCUUAAUGAAAAACCACAGUGCGCUAAAACGAGAUCUGGAGUUGAAUGCUUUAACAAAUUAACAAAUGUUGGGACAGCAAAUACAACACCAGAUUUUGUUGAUUUACAUGCAGCUGCAAAUGCUAAAGAUAAUUUAGAUUUUAUAACAGCAACCGGGUCUGUUGGGAGCAAUAAACUAAUUGUUGAUUGUGAUUUCGAUGAGAACACAAGAAUGCAAUCACCAUAUACAAUGCGUGCAUCUCGAAUUUGGAAUGAAAACGAUUUAAUUGCUGCUAGGCGUUCUUCUUCACCGAGCUCAGUAUCUGAGUCUAAUGAUCAAGCUUCCGCAAUGGAACUCCAACAACAACAACAGCAACAACAAUCACAUCAACAUCAACAAAACAAACAACAGCUUCAGCAACAGCAACAACAACAGCUUCAACAACAGCAGCAACAACCUAAUCAACAACAGCAACAACAACCUAAUCCAACAAUACACCAACAGCAACUUCAUCAAACGAAUCACUCUCAGCAAAUUGGCCAGUCAUUAAAUCCGCAAACGCAUCUUGCACAACAACAACAACAACAGCAACAGCAAAGACUUGCACAGCUGCCAUCAAAUAGUAUGCCCAACAGUAAUGCAAUAAACAAUCAGAACGUAAUGCAAGUGAAUGAUACUCAAAACUGUAAAAACUACUUUGCGUCUAUGGAUGCAUUUGGGUUGCAAACAUCUUUUAAUCAUGCGAUGCCUCAACAACAACAGCAAACUCAUCAACAGUCACCAAUGGUCAAUGGUAUAGAUGCUAUGAUGUCUUAUGGUCAAGGUUACAAUCAGCAAACAACUCCCACACAUGCCACACAUGCUAAUCAGCAACAACUCACACAGACGCCAAAUACAGGUAAUCAAUAUAAUGGUGCAGUCAAUCUAUUCCAUAAUGCUUCAACUUCAUUAUCAAAUUUAAAUCAAAUUCCAUUUGGUUCGAAUGCAUCGGGUGGUGGUGUUAUGUACCCCUCUGGAAGUUGCAUAGGUGGUAAUGUCUCUAUGACAACAGCAACAUCCAACGCCUCGAAUGAUCCGUCGCAGUCGCAUUCCCUCUAUGGAAUGGGAGGAGGCGAUGUGAAUUCAGCUGUAGCAAAUACAGGCAUUAACAACAAUGCUCAACAACCGCAAUAUGGUGGAGCGGCCUUUAGUUCAUCUACUCAUAAUAUUUCACUUACUGCAUCUAUUAUUGGUACACCAACUGGCCCUUCACUAAUAAAUCAUUCACCCCAUCAAGUACAAAUGCAUGGACAGCCACAAUCUUCACAAUACAAAUUCACUCCCCCAGAUGGUGCUAAUUCUGCUUACAAUGCAAUGAUGAGUAGUUGUGUUGAAUCUAUGCUACCUACACAGCCUCAAACAGCAGCUGUUUCGCAGCAAAAUCAGCAGCAUACGUCACCGACGAAGGAAUCACCCACAAAACGUUCUUCAACCCGCUACAAUCAGCAGCAGCAGCAGCAGCAACAGCAGCAGCAUAUACGAAACUCACACAAAUCACCACAAGUGCAGCAUAAAUCACCUGGAAAAUCACCGCGACAAAUGGAAUUAUUAAACAAAUUGCAACUACAACAACAACAACAGCAUACUCAUACUGAUUUUACAAAUAUUCCGCAGAAACCGCCGAAAUAUGAUCCAAUGACACACACUUUGGCAGGUAAGCCACGUCAAAGAGCACCGCGUGGUACUGGAGCUGGUGCGCGUGGUCGGGGUCGUGGUCGGGGACGAGGACGAGGGGGCAGUACGACAAAUGCAAUCAUAUCUUUACCAACCGCUAUUAGUGAUUUUGGUAGUAAUACACACAUUGUAAAUAAUCUAGUCGGUACUCCAUAUGAGUUUAACUACGAUGAAGAUUUGGCAUCUUCUGGCGUAGAAAAUCUCCAAAGUUUACGAGAUCGAAGACGUUCUUUUGAUUGUCGAAAUAAUCCUAAUGUGUUGUCACAUCCACAGACAGCGGCAGAUCAACAUAAAUACACAAGUCCUUCAUAUGCCAGUUGCAAAGUUAGAACGGCUGGAUCGACUCAUUCAGCAGCUGGAUCAACAAGUUCAAUGUCCAAUUGUACUAACGGAAGUAGUCGGGUAUCACAUUUAAGUAAUGCUCUUAAACCGAAUACAACAAAUGAUCACACUGCACAGCAAUCUAUCCUUCACUCUAUUGUGCAGCCGGUACUGCCUGGUCCAGUGGACAUGCGUACCUAUAAUCUUGCUUUCGAAGCACAACAUUCCUCCGCGUCUCAAGAAGCGUACAAUAAUAAUCUAUUAGGUGCUUUUGAGUCAGGAACAGCCGAUCAAACGCUAUCAGAAUUUGAUGAAGAAGAUGAAAAAGAGUUUCAGUCGGUAUUACGAGCUACUGGUACAACAAUUUCUGCAAAACAGUUAAAUCCGAAUGCGUCAGCUGCUCCUAUUAGUAAAACCGAUUCAAGUACAUCAAAAAGUAAUAAUGUAGGUGCGAUGUUGUCGACGCAUUCAAAUGCUGCAGCAUGUGGAAUUUCGAAUACAGUUGUAUCUGAUUUGAUAUUACCGCCAGAUUUACAAACAUCAAUGGAAACUACUUCAGAAGAAGUGUCAAUUGAUUCCGAUACAACACUAGCAACGAAAACAUCUCUUUCGGAUUCACGUAAUCAACUGAAGUUAAAAAUUAAAGGUCCGCUUGCCUACCCUGACAACUACAAUUACAGUACGAGCACAGUUAAUUCGUUGUCGCUGAACUUAAGCUCACAUACAAAUAGUGUAGUGCAGUCCAGUGCAGGAAUGGUGCAGUCAUCGGUAUCGGCACAAUUGACAGCUACAAUUGUCAGUACAUCAACAGGUGGAGGAAGUAGCAGUAGUGGAACGAAUUCUAGACGUAUGCGUAAAAAAGAACUUUUGAGUUUGUAUGUUGUGCAAAAAGAUAACAAUGACGAUUCGUCCAGUGGUCUACCAGCAACAGAUGUGAACUUGUCGAAUGUGAUAGAUGGUAUGAGAAAAGUUGAUGCCUUAGGCAGCGGGUUAGAUGAAUAUAGUGCAGAUUUAAGCACUGGUACAACAAAACGGUUUAAAAAGAAUUCUAGUAGAGAAUUAAGAUCGUUAGAUGUUGCUGAUAUAAGUGAAGUUGGUGGCAAACCUGCAGGUAGCGAGGGUCGUAGGCGUAGUGCGUGUUCGUCGGGUAGUAACGAUAAUGGUAAAAUUGGUGCUGCAUCAAGUGCAGGUAAACGACGUGGUCGCAGUAAAACUCUAGAAGGCCACGAUGAUGAACCUACACCGAAAUUAAAAAUUAAAAUACGUGGAUUAGGUGAUGGUAAUGUAAGUGCGACAACUGUGACAAAUAACAAAAACAUAAAUAAUAGUCAUGCCACCGAAGCAACUAAACGAUUGGUUGCUUGUCCACCAAAGAAACGUUUAACAACUAAUUACGCGCCUCCUACAUUAGAAGACCUUAGACGCGAGUCCAUGAACUACCGUAAAUUGGUUAUGCAAGAUUUUGGUGAUGAUGAAGAUGAACGGACUCGACACAGCAAUACUAGUACACCAUUGCUGGAGCCGACGGAAGAGCUGCAUACUAAAAAACCGAAGUCUUCGAAACCGAAGAAAGAUAAAAAAGAAAAACGGCGCAAUAAGGAGAAAAUAAGCAUUAGUAUUGGAGAGAACGCAGAGAAAAUGACAGCUACUAUUGUCGAAAAUAAUACAAAGGCAUCAACGGGUGAAGUUCCUAAAUUGAUAAUACACUUGGGUAAACGAAAGAAUGAAACUGAUUUGCAAGCACGUGUAAAAACCCCUCCUCCAACAACAACUGACAAUGCAACAAUAGCAGCACCAAUACGUUUAAAAAUUGCACGUGUGUCUGAUGGUGGUGGUUAUGUUAUUGGAUUUAAGAACAAAAAGGCGAAAAGAAAUUCAAUUCCAAAUACAUCGGAACCAAACUCAGCUAUUGGAAAUAAAUGUGAAACUGAAACGCUAAGUAAUACACCAGCUGCUGUUGAAAAUAGCAGCGCGAAACUGAAAACAGUGAUUCCAUCACCCACUGUUGUAGCUGAGCCAAUGAAUAACUUUAUAAAUACCUCACAUGAUCAAAUGACAACUGCCUUAGAAAUGGCAAAAGAUUCGGGUACACCGUCACCACGUCUGGUAAUCGAUGCGGGAAAUGCACACGAUUCUAAUACGGCAAGUUCCUUUCACGAAGAUCACUCAGCGGGCGUAGCAAACACUAAAGUAAAUAACACAAAUUUGCGUACAAGCAACCAACCAAUAUUGAUGACCAAUUGCAAUGAUAACAGCAACAGCAACAGCAAUACCAACAGCAGCUUAAGUGUUGCUAAUAAUAAUAACAAUAACAACAACAACAAUAAUAAUAAUAACAGCAAUAUGAACAAUAACAGCAACAGUCUUACUGGUACCAACAGUAGCAGUACGAAUAGCAACAGCAACAGCAAUAGCAACAGUAACAGUAACAGUAACAGCAACAGUAACAGCAACAGCAACAGUAACAGCGACAGCAGCAGUAACAUUAACAGCAGCAGCACUAGCGAUUUACUUCCAUUAAACAAAGACUGUGAAGUUAGAUGAUAAUCAUAAAGUCUAUUCCAAGUAAUACUUUAUUUAAUUUUUUGUAUAUUUCUGAAAUUUGUAAAUU